CGCAGCCGCAAUGAGGCCCUGCGGGUGAAGAAGAAGAUGGAGGGCGACCUCAAUGAGAUGGAGAUCCAGCUCAGUCAUGCCAACCGCAUGGCUGCGGAGGCCCAGAAACAAGUGAAGAGUCUCCAGAGUUUGCUAAAGGACACUCAAAUCCAGCUGGAUGAUGCCGUCCGUGCCAAUGACGACCUGAAGGAGAACAUCGCCAUUGUGGAGAGACGCAACAACCUGCUGCAGGCAGAGCUGGAGGAGCUGCGGGCCGUGGUGGAACAGACGGAGCGGUCUCGGAAGCUGGCAGAGCAGGAACUGAUUGAGACCAGCGAGCGGGUGCAGUUGUUGCACUCACAGAACACCAGCCUCAUCAACCAGAAGAAGAAGAUGGACGCAGACCUAUCCCAGCUCCAGACAGAGGUGGAGGAGGCAGUGCAGGAGUGUAGGAAUGCAGAGGAGAAGGCCAAGAAGGCCAUUACAGAUGCUGCCAUGAUGGCCGAGGAGCUGAAGAAGGAGCAGGACACCAGCGCCCACCUGGAGCGCAUGAAGAAGAACAUGGAGCAGACCAUCAAGGACUUGCAGCACCGGCUGGACGAGGCGGAGCAGAUCGCCCUCAAGGGCGGCAAGAAGCAGCUGCAGAAGCUGGAGGCCCGGGUUCGGGAGCUGGAGAAUGAGCUGGAGGCUGAGCAGAAGCGCAAUGCAGAGUCAGUGAAGGGCAUGAGGAAGAGCGAGCGGCGCAUCAAGGAGCUCACCUACCAGACAGAGGAAGACAGGAAGAACCUACUGCGGCUGCAGGACCUGGUGGACAAGCUGCAGCUGAAGGUGAAGGCCUACAAGCGCCAGGCUGAGGAGGCGGAGGAGCAGGCCAACACCAACCUGUCCAAGUUCCGAAAGGUGCAGCACGAGCUGGAUGAGGCAGAGGAGAGGGCAGACAUUGCCGAGUCCCAGGUCAACAAGCUGCGGGCCAAGAGCCGUGACAUUGGUGCCAAGGGCCUGAAUGAGGAGUAGGGUGUGUGCUACCCAACCCUAAGGGUGCUCAUGAAGAAGCCCUCAGACCUGGAGCCUUUGAAACAGCCCCUUAGGUGGAAGCAGAAUAAAGCAAUUUUCCUUUAAGCCAAAA